GGAGAACAUAAAGCCGACCAUCUGUCUGCAGGUCCAUCUCAACCACAACUGUCAGCAUCAAAUCCCGUGAGGCUGGAACAAUGAUAACUGUCUUCAUUAUUUUUGCUGCUUUUGUUGCAGCUGCUCUGGCAAAAGAAUCUAUUGAGUGCAAAUUUUAUGACUCCACUGGAACUCAGCAUUGUCAUGGAGCAGAAGGACAGCAACUUCAUUUUCACCUUUCAAAGACAAAAAUAAUUGAUUUUAGAUUGACAAAAAAUGGCGAGUACAUAUUAUUAAUAAUAUACAGUAAUGGGAAAGUGAACCUCAAGGGGCAAUAUGUCAGUCAGUUUGAGGAAAUCCGACCUGGAACAUUCAGUCUGGGAAACGCCAUGAAGGAACAUUCUGGAGUUUACCGCCUGGAGGAAUACGAUGCUGCAGGACAAGAGAUGAGAAAUGUUCAGGUGCACGUAAAAAUACAAAAGCCAGUGUCGAAGCCAGCAGUGUCUCAAAAAUGUUUUUCACCCGAUCAGAGGACAGUCACAUGUUCUUCUUAUGGAGAUGAAGUGGAGUUCCUUCUGACUUUAGAUGGUCACUCACUUAUACAAAGCAGAGGGAUCAUCGACAACUGCACUGAUGAAAAAUUUAAUGUCACAAAGGUUUGCAUCAGUAUAUAUGGCCAGCUGACAGGAGGCCUCAGGUGUCAAGUUUGGAACAAGGUCAGCAGAGAGAAUUCAGGAAUUCACUUAACAGCAUGCAAAGGUUCUGGGAGCUUUAUUGUACCAGUGUUAGCUGCUGCCACAGCUGUUCUUUUGGUGGUUUUGGGUUUCAUUGUAAUUAAGUUUAGUAAAAAACGACAACCAAUGUCACAAAAUGGAGGUCAUGCAGAAGAGGAAAUUAUCUAUGCAGAUGUUAAAGUGAAAAACGAUACAAGAACUGAAUCAAACAUCCGAGGCAAAGCAAAAUGACAGACACAGUACCAACGUCCUGCUAGUCGAAGCUGCAUAAACUCUUGCUAUAAGCUUAGAACAUGUAUUUUGUUUUGGAGUUCUUACACAGUGAACAAUUUGAUAUUAUUAACUUACACAUUUUUUGUUUUUUAAAAAUUAUAUAUUUUCUGUGUAAACAUAUUUUUGCUUGAUUAUUUCAAAUCCAGAUUUGCAACAUGGAGCACUGUAAAACAAAUGUUAUUUGACUUGUAUAUAUUUCUUUAUUUGAAAUAAGAUUCUGAAAAAUUUCUUCUUUUUUGAAUUGACACUUUGUGAUUUAUGCACAUAAAAGACAAAAUCAAGUCAUUACUGGAAAUUAUAGAUAGAUUUUCCUGGCUCAAUUCUACUACAUACAUUCUUACUGAAAGUCGUUAUUGUAGUGAGGGUGCUGCAGCUCCCCCUUGUGGAUGUCAAAUGACGGACAUGUUGAAAAUAUACAAAGAAUAAUUACAAAAUAAAACUUAAAUAACUAGUUUCCCAGAAAUUUGAUCACUCUCUGUAAAUAAUUUUGCUUGUUCUUAUUUUGCAUGCAUUUUUCAGCUUGCAAGCAAAAAAUAAAUAAAAAUAUUAUCAGUA